AUUUUGAACAAUGACACGUUUAAUGAAUGUGUAAAAGAUAUUUUUUUAUCAGUACACAGGUAGUUGUCCAACGAAUUUUACUUGAUAGAAAAUGGGCGAAUACAUUUAAACUCAUAUUUCACAAUAGCUUAGAACUUAAGUCGGAGUUCUUUAAACGGUGCAGCUGCAGGGCAGCAGAUGGCGCCACUGCGCCGCCCCGAUGAUGUAUUUGGCACAGAGAUGAGUCCACGUUGUUCCACUGUCUGUCUGCGCUCCAGUGUUCCUCUCUCACUCUCUCCUUCUCGCCUUUCAGUGUACACCUAUCUUUGUACCACGAGCAUCAGCAGUCUGUCCGUUGGACCCAGUGAUACGAGCGCUACUACGGCGCGAAGCAUGGCACCUCUGCGCCCCAGAGAAGAGCUCUCCGCCGCUGGGCACAUCUGCGUUUUUCUCCUCAUCGCCUCGGCCGGGAUGACACUACCCGGACCCGCGUUCUGUGACCGCGGGGCUUCAACCCAACCCGCUAACGUGGACCGUACGUUUGACACGAGCCUCGGAGACGGACGCUUCCCGCAGGACUCUUUGGGAAGCCGUGACGAGGAGGCAGCCGGCACAGGCAGCUCGCCCCGCUUCAGGAGGUCCCCGUCCCGGGAAAAACAAAUGUCACUGCUCAGCAGCUCCUUCGUGCUCAAAGGGGAUGCGACCCACAACCAGGCGAUGGUCCACUGGACAGGAGAGAACAGCAGCGUGAUCUUGAUCUUGACCAAGUACUACCACGCUGACUCUACCAAGGUGCUGGAGAGCUCACUGUGGAGGUCUUCAGACUAUGGUACUACAUACACAAAACUGAACCUGGUGCCCGGGACAACCAUCAUUGUGAAUAGCUUUUUCAUCUGCCCAACCAACAAGAAAAAGGUUGUGCUGGUGGGCUCGUCUAUAAAUGAGCGGGACCAGAUGUUGUUCAUCAGCACCGACGAAGGAUCCUCCUUCCAAAGACAGUCCAUCGCCUUCACUCCCGUCACACUCAUCUUCCACCCCAAGGAAGAAGAUAAGCUUCUUGCAUACUGCAAGGAGGGCAGGGUCUUUGCUUCCACGGACCUGGGCCGCAAGUGGACGUUGCUUCAGGAGCAUGUGACCAAGGACAGAGUUUUCUGGUCCGUAGCUGAUGUGGACGUGGACCCUGACCUAGUGCACAUGGAGAUGCAGGACUCCAGUGGAGGUUACCUGUAUGUCACUUGUCUUAUCCAGAACUGUUCAGACAAAAUGGUGACGGCGCAAUUCCUCGGCAAGAUUGACCAUAACUCACUGCAGGUGCAGGAUGACUACAUAUUUGUCAAGGUGACAACAGGGAAUCGCACAAAGCACUACGUUUCCUAUCGACGCAAUGAGUUUGUCCAGAUGAGGUUUCCCAAGUACGCCUUACCAAAGGAUGUUCAGAUCGUGAGCACGGACGAGAACCAGGUUUUCCUUGCCCUCCAGGAGUGGUACCAGUCUGACACGUAUAACCUGUACCAGUCGGACCAGCAGGGCGUUUACUACUCCAUGGUCCUGGAAAAUGUUCGCAGCACCAAGCAACCGGAAGAGAACGUUCUCAUCGACAUCUUAGAGGUACGAGGCGUAAAAGGUGUCUUCCUGGCCAAUCAGAAGAUCGAUGGCAAAGUGACGACUGUCAUCACUUACAACAAAGGGCGAGACUGGGAACCUUUGGCGCCACCCACCACUGAUAUGAAUGGCAAACCCGUUAGCUGCAAAGCUCCCGACUGUCACCUCCACUUGCAUCUGCGCUGGGCGGACAACCCUUAUGUCUCUGGGACGGUGCACACUAAAGACUCAGCUCCAGGUCUCAUCAUGGGUGCAGGUAACCUUGGCUCUAAGUUAGUGGAGUAUAAGGAGGAGAUGUACGUCACGUCAGACUGUGGGAAGACAUGGAGACAGGUGUUCGAAGAGGAGCAUCACAUCCUGUAUCUGGACCACGGCGGUGUUAUUGUUGCCAUUAAGGAUACAUCUAUCCCUCUGAAGAUCCUCAAGUUCAGCAUUGAUGAAGGACACACGUGGACCGUCCACAACUUCACCAGCACCUCCGUGUUUGUCGAUGGACUCUUGAGUGAGCCGGGAGACGAAACCCUGGUCAUGACUGUGUUUGGUCACAUCAGCUACAGAUCGGACUGGGAGCUCGUCAAAGUGGACUUCAGGCAGUCUUUCCCCCGUCAGUGCAUGGAGUCCGACUACGACACCUGGCAGCUCAGCGACCUACAGGGAGAGAAGUGCAUCAUGGGACAAGAGCGCAGUUUCCGGAAGCGCAAAGAAGAAUCCUUUUGCAUCAAAGGGAAGAGCUACACCUCUGCACUCAUCACCAAACCCUGUCAGUGCACAGAGAAAGAUUUCAACUGUGACUACGGUUUUGAACGGUCCUACAAAGAUGGCGAUCGUUGCUUCGCUGACUUUUGGCAUGAUCCCGAGUCACCGCCUGAGGACUGUCACCUGGGACAGACUUACGAGUCCACCACUGGCUACAGGAAGGUAAUAUCCAAUGUUUGUGAAGGUGGGCUAAACAGGCAGCAGAAUGCCGUACAGCACAACUGCCCUCUGCUGCCCCCUAAAGGACUACGAGUUGGCAUCAAAGGGCAGAUGCUGGCAGUGGCACCCGGUGAUGACAUCACAUUUAUUGUACAUCAGGAACAGGGUGACACCAGCAGUACAAAGUACCAGGUGGAUCUUGGGGAUGGUGUUCGGGCCAUUUACCAAAACCUGACAGUGACAGAUGAACCUAUCCAACAUCGAUAUGAAAAACCCGGCAUUUACAAGGUCACGGUGAAGGCUGAGAACAUGGCUGGGCACGACGAGGCCACCAUGUACAUCCAAGUCACAGCUCCUCUGCAGGAAGUUCAUCUGGAAGUGGUUCCAAUCGCUGGGAGAAAUACCCAGGUCAAUUUGUCCGCUGUGGUCCUUCCCUCAGAAGCUAAUUUUACAGUCUUUUACUGGUGGAUAGGAGACAAACUCACGCCAACGCUGACUCUGCAGAGUAGCCUCCUGACUCAUUUCUCUGAAACUGGAGAAGUUUCUGUCACUGUCCAAGCUUCCAACGGCCGAACCAUGGUGCAGGAUACUAGAACCGUCCAAGUCUAUGAUAACUUCCAGGUCAUCCCUUUGAGCUUUAGCAAGAAUCUGGACCACUUUAACCCCAACAUCCCAGAGUGGCGGAAAGACAUUGGCCAAGUGGUGACCAAAGCUCUCACUAAGAUCACAGGUGUCCCUCAAGAGGCUCUGGUGACUGUUGUGAAGCCGGGCCUCCCUACCACUGCUGAUCUGUAUGUCCUGCCCCAGGACGGUCAACCAGCCAAGAAGAACAUGUACGCAGAUAAGCGGAUAUUAGCCAUCAUGCAGACCUUCACUGACCACAACAUCAGCUUUGUGGUACGGGGCGGUCUUCAGGUGCACGUCAUGCUAGCUGAUCCAAAUGCAGGGCUAGAUCUAUUUUCUACUGACACGUCGACUACAGCGUCAGAGACUGGCUACCACGGAGCAGCUGGAGGUCCUGGGAUUUGGGCUCUAGCAAUCCUUUUCUUGAUCAGCGUCAUCGCUAUUGGCUCCUUCAUCUUGUACAAGUUCAAAAGUCCUUGGCUUAGGACUGAGGACGCCUAUCCUCCACUGUUUUUUAGGAAGCUGCCAGGCAACCGCAACGUCUAUGCUCAGAUGCACAACGAGAAGGAGCAGGAGAUGACGAGCCCCGUCAACCACAGCGAGGACACGCAGCACAUCAUCCAGGGUGAGGAGUUCAUCGACGACGACCUGGACUCCCAGACUCUAGGUAACACUGGAGGUAGCCCCGCCUUCCGCUCCCUAAUAAGGACUACCACUAACCACUGCUACUAAAACCAAGAGCCACUAACACCAGCAGCUAACACACACCAAGGCAACCAUUCGGGUGUGGUCCUGAGCAUUAACUCCAGAGAACUGCACAGUUACCUAACGAGCUGAUGGCUGCCAUGGCAACGCUAAAAACUAACCUAGCCUAGCUGGCUAAUGAGCACAGGGACUCCACUUUGCCUUCUUCCUGCCCUCUCCUCUAUGUCUUUCGACACUCCGACCCUUGGAGUGGCUGAAGCCUCAUACAGGGAUAUCUCCUCCCCCACCUCCCUCUGUUUCCUCCCAUUCUCUUGGUAUGAUGAGAGACACUCUGCUUCACAUGUUGUGUUUGACGUCACUGUUCUUACUCAGCCAUGGCACCGUUCUGUCCUCUGUUGGUUUGUUCGACUCUGUGUGCAUAUUUGUACCUUAAGUUGUAGCCACUUGUAAGUCUUUGCUGUAUUUGUUCACAUUCAGAGUUACAGCACACUGUAAUGGGCUAACACCAGUGUGCUAAUCUGAUCUGUGAGUGACAAAACGAUUAGCCCCACUUUGAUUUAGAAUGCGGUAGCACACCAAAGUUACAGUGGCAAGAAAGGUGGCAGAUAUUAGAGCAGACUAACAGCUUCCUGUUAGCUAAACAGGCUAUUUUUUUCGUAUAUGUACGAAAAGGAAGCUGUUAACAUACUGGGAUGUACCACUGAAAAUAAUUGUUGAUUGAAGUUUCAACAGUAGAGGGCGUGUUGCACUCUGUUGAAACCGCUCUGGCUCGUAUUUUGUCUUCAGCAUCUCAUUAACGUUCAACGCUGAUAUUGACUCACAAUUGUACGGUGUGUUAUUUAAACUUAGCAGCGCCCCCUGUCGUCUGUCCCGUGGUGCCUGAGGUGACUGUUCCAUCUGCUUAUUUCUUAUGUUCACCUGCUCCUUUUCCUCAGUUUCCAUUCCACAGAUUUUCAGUCAGACCACAGAAACUUCACGUCUCUGUUUCCCUGGAGACAAGUCAUCAUCGUUGAGGGAAGGUGUACUCAAGAUAUAUAUAAAAAUAUAUAUAUAUAGUAAAAGCCUAUAUUAGGCGUAGCCCCGUGGUGGAUUAAUGUCUCUGUAAAGGUUUCAGUUUGUUGUAUGUAAAUGUGUAAAUAUGAACCAGUUUGUGUAAAUAUAUUCCCUUUGAUCUGAAUGUGUGUGAUGACCAAGAUACACGCCGGUUGUUUUUUUGUUUUGUUUUUUGUCCACUGUGACCACUUCUUUCCCGUCCCCUCGACACCACUGCCUGCUUCAUGUUUUUCCACCUUUGUAUAUUUUCAGUGUAACCUGAUGAGUAAAAUAACUUAUGAAAAUACUUGAGUUACAAAAAAAGUACUCACAACCACCCUGGUGACAACAAUGUAUAUUGAUAUUUUUGAUACACACGUCUUUUUUUCUCAGUAGAUGUGAAGAAGUGUGUUGGUUUUUUUUUUUUUAUUUGUUUGUUUGCACUAAUUCUACAAGCAGAGCUGUAAACAGAUGCCUAGCUGCAUCUGAACAAGUCGAAUCUGAUGCAAAAGCUUCGGAAUGAAAGGCUUCUACAGACUACUGAUAGUCGCAACGUCACCGCCACACUUUGGCUUUUUUUUUUUUUAAUAUUUGAUGCAGCUGAUUACAUUUUCUUAUGCUCAUCUACACAUUAAUUCAUCAUUUGUACAUAUUCAGCUCAUGAUGGAGUUCUUUGUUUUUUCAGUGAUGUGUCGUCAUUGUAUCAAUGUCCUCUUAAAAAGGGGAAUUCAAGUGGGAAUAAGGAUAUUAGAGGACAGCAGUGACUGAGUUUUGCAGACGAUUGCACUGAAAUGAUAGUGUAUUUUUGACAACACUGUUUUUUUUCUGCUUUUUUUUUUAUUAACCAUGAUUAUGCAGUUAAAAAAAAAAAAAGAAUUGUGUCAACAGACGUGCACUCAAACUGCAUCCUGGAAUAAAUCACUCCCAAAAAUUGUCCUUGUCCGCCUACUUUAAUCACAGAAGUAAAAAAUUCACUGUGUUUGCAUUUUCUUACAAAGCUGCCACUUCACCAAAAGACUUAUAUUGUAUUAGCCAUACAAAGUACUGGUAUUUCCAGAAAACAAAAGACAGAACAAGUGAUUCGUUCAAAAUGAAUACAUCUUUCAUAUGACUCGUGACUCCCG